UCUAAUAUUUAAGGAGCGUGCAAUAACAAACCCUGGAGUUGGAGUGGUAAACCUACGACAGGAUAAACCUAUUCUAGUGGCAGGGGGAUGGGAUCAUAGGAUUAGGCUUUUUUCCUGGAAGAACCCUGAAAAGUGUAAACCCUUAGCAGUUCUUCAAUUUCACUCAGAGGCUGUGGAAUGUGUGACCUUUACUUCUACUCCUUUAUCUGCAGGCAGAAUAAGGAAAAAUAUAAUGGCUUGUGGAGGGAAGGAAGGGAAAAUAUCACUUUGGUCAAUCUACAGCUGAUUAACCUAUCAUACAAUCGUCUAAAGUUGAUCAAUCUAUCACGGGAUCAUAUAGCUGACCGAGCCUAGAGCUGAUCGUCCGUUCCUGGGGAAUAAUCUACAGCUGAUUUUCCUUUCACGUGAUAAAAUUUACAGAGCUGAUAAUCCUGUGACAUGUGAUCUUCAACCACACCUGACAGAAUCUAUAUCUGAUCAUGCUUUAACAGAAUCUUCAAGUGUUCAUUCUAUCAAGUGACUGAUGCAAUUCUUCAAAGCUGACCAUAUUAAGAUAGAAUUUACAGAGCUGAUUCUCCAAUCAUAUGGUGGAAUCCACGAAGCUGAUCCUUUACUCACGUAGUGGAAUCUACAGAGCUGAUCCGUCAAUCACGUGGUGGAUCCACGAAGCUGAUCCUUUACUCACGUAGUGGAAUCUACAGAGCUGAUCCAUCAAUCACAUGGUGGAAUCCAUGAAGCUGAUCCUCCACUCACAUAGUGGAAUCUAAAGAGCUGAUCCAUCAAUCACGUGACAGAAUCUACAGAGCUGAUCCUCCAAUCACGUGACGGAAUCUACAGAGCUGAUCAUCCAAUCACGUGACGGAAUCCACAUUUAUUGCGCGUAAGAAUCUGCAGCUGACCUGGAAAACAAUGAUGAUCCACAAUACAGUGUUAAACACAUCUAUUUUAAAUGUUAAGCAGUAUGGCAAUGUUUGACUUUGUGACUGAAAAAUGCUGCAAAUCUAACAGUGAGUGGAGUACAACAAUCUCUUUAAUGUUCAUGAAAUGUAUUGACAAUUGAUCCAUGUUUAAAUUUGUGAUAUUUUCAGAGAAAAUGGUUGGUUUCAUGCUCCCCGAAGGAUAUGGAUAUGUCGUCCUAACCGGAGUUGGCUCUAUCUUUAUGGCAAUGUGGAAAGGAAUCAGGGUGGGACAAGCCAGAAAGAAGUUUAAUGUUGAAUACCCUGAUAUGUACAGCAAGGAUAGCAAGGUGUUCAACUGUAUUCAGAGGGCCCACCAGAAUACCCUGGAGAACCUGCCCCAGUUCCUCUUCCUCCUCACUAUGGGAGGAUUCUCCCACCCUCACCUCUCCGCUGGAGCAGGAUGGGUUUGGAUUGUCGGCAGGAUUGUCUAUGCUCUUGGUUACAGCACAGGGGAGCCAAAAUCCAGAGUCAAGGGAGCAUUUGGCUACCUUGGUCUACUGACCCUGCUCGGUACAGCUGUACAUACCGCUAUACUCAGUAUUUAGGUUGCUAAAUGAACGUGUUUGAGCGAGAACCUUUACAAUCUAUCAAUAUUUAUACAUUAUGUUUUCACCAAAAAAAAUUAAUUUUAUUGCAUUUCAUUCGAUCCAAAAAUAUCCACUAUUUACUGUUUGUAAACAUUUUAUCUAUUUCAAUUGUAUAAAUUUAAUACUCAAAUUGUAUAUUUCCAAUAAAUAAUUAUUUAUCAUCA